AUGGCUAUGUCUACAUUCUUACCGAGCAAGGAUCUCGCAUUCCCCCAAGGAUCUCUCAUCUUGGUAACCGGGGCAUCGGGGAUGAUCGCAGCGAACAUCGUCGACGAGGCUCUCAAGGCAGGCUUCCGUGUUCGCGGCACUGUUCGGUCCGUCGAGAAAGGGCGGUCGGUUGCGGAGCUGUUCAAUGCGGCUGGCUUCGAAUUUUUCGUCGUCGAAGACUUGGCUGCUGAAAAUGCAUUCCAUGAGGCCAUCAAAGGCGUAUCAGGUGUCAUCCACACCGCUUCCAUUCACACCUUUUCCGACAACCUCUCUGAUGUGAGUGGACCGCUGGUACGGGGCUGCGAAAAUAUCCUCGAGGCAGCAUUGGAAAAUCCCACUGUGAAAAAGGUGGUGUUCACUUCGAGUACCGGGACGGCCGCAAAUCCUCAGCCCGGCAUCAAGUUCCAUAUCGGCCGGGACACGUGGAAUACGGUCGCGAUUGACCUCGUGAAAAAUACACCCCUGGAAAAGCGAGGCGAGAUGGGCUUUGAAUGGAAAAUGAAUGUUUACAGAGUUGCCAAGGUAGAGGCCGAGAAAGCGGUCUGGAAUUUCGUUGAACAGCGAAAGCCAACUUUUGGCGUCAACGUUGUGAAUCCUGGUUUGAACUUUGGAAAGGCCAAAGGCUCUAUCGGAAUUAGUGGUAGCCAGGUACUCAACUUGCUACAUGGGAACAUGCCCCAGAUACCCUCACUCUACAUGGUGGAUGUUGCCGACGAUGCUCGAAUUCACAUUGCAGCUACCAUCGACUCAACGGUGUCGAGCGAGAGGAUCUUCGCUUGCGAUGAACCGUUCAACUGGCGUCUCGUCGUCGAGGCCAUACAAAUGGCCUUGCCGGACGUUGCCUUGCCCCCGCCGGAUCCAAAUGAGUUGCUAGACAUCAGUACCGUUGACAAUAAGCUUGGUGCUGAGCUGUUGAUGAAAUGGUGGCGCCAGCCAGGGUACAAAGGAUUGGAUCAGACCAUCCGAGAGACUGUUGAGAUGUGCUUGGACAAAAUGGACGGGAAAUAUAAGAGAGGCUAA